GUUGCCAAGGUUUUAUGGGGAACAAAAUUGUUUCUGGCUGGAAAGCGACAGCACAUUUGUUACGAGCACAAAAGUUAAAUUAUUAUAUUCUUCUAAAGUCGUCAUGUGCAAGAAGAACACGCUUUAAGAAUUAUACGUGUUUACAUAUUAAGAACUAACCGAGUUACGCGAGUGUUUGUUUUGUGUAAAGAGCGGUUUUAAAAUUAGCUUGUGAGAAUAUAUUGCAUGUGAAAUAUCAAGAAAAAAAAUUCCGACGGACGGCAGGCACACACACACAAUCACACCAUAGACGUACAUACACGUAUGUACAUUUAUGCACGCGAGUGAAAAUUGUGUAGUCACAGUUCACAGUCUAGUAUUUAGUGAUUAAGUUUAAUUUGCUGACCCGACGUUUGCCGCCCGCUUAAACAGAAAAUGCCACUGCUUGCCUAUAAGGAAUGCCACAUUCUCAGCCCCCAGCAGCUGCGCAAGCUUAGCGAACACAAAUACUCAUGCUUUAGCGCUAGUCUGCUGGAUCCUUUGCUGCAGCCCUGGUGGAAUUGGUUGGUCGCCCAAACACCACUGUGGCUGGCGCCCAAUCUAAUCACAAUCGUCGGUCUAAUACUCAACAUUGUGACAACGUUGAUAUUAAUUUGCUAUAGUCCAAAUGGCGUUGAGGCACCUCCACGUUGGACUUGCGCCCUGUGUGCACUCGGUCUGUUCGUUUAUCAGAGUCUUGACUCAAUUGAUGGGAAGCAGGCUCGUCGCACCAACACCUCAUCGCCAUUAGGCGAAUUAUUUGAUCAUGGCUGUGACUCCAUAUCGACUAUAUUUGUGGCCCUGUCGGCGUGCAUAUCCUGCCAAUUGGGUCACUAUCCCAAUUGGUUAUUCUUUCAGUGUUUUUGCGCCAUUGCGCUUUUCUAUUGUGCGCACUGGCAGACGUAUGUCUCUGGAACGAUGCGUUUCGGACGCAUUGAUGUGACUGAGGCUCAGUUUUCCAUUAUCGCCAUACAUCUGGUAUCGGCCGCACUAGGUCCCGAGAUCUGGUUAACCAAGAUACCAAUCGUGGGCGUUUCAUGGAAUUAUACAAUAUUAGUAUUUAUUACAUUCGGUUAUACCUUAAACAUAAUCAAUUUUCUAAAAAUGUUUAUUGAAGGCGGCAGUGGCAAAAACGGCUCAUCAGUUGCUGUGCCAUAUCUUGAAUGUGAAACACGUUGUUUGCCAUUGUAUUUGGCCUGUGGAAUUGAUUUGAGCUUAGUAUUUCGUUACUCAAAAUCCAUUUUGAACGAUGGCUGUGGCAAAAAUGGAUCAUCUGUUGCUGGAACCAGCGUGCUAUCACCCAGCAUACCACUUACUCUGGUUGUGCUGCCGGCUCUGAUAAUCGCCCAAAAGUCGCCGGAGAACAUUUUCACGGAGCAUGCUUCCGUUUACAUACUGGCCUUUGGCAUGGUUGCGGCUAAGAUUACCAACAAAUUGGUGAUCGCGCACAUGACCAAGGCGGAAAUGGAGUAUCUGGACUGGUCGCUAUUGGGUCCGACACUAUUGUUCCUGAAUCAGUACUUUAAUUGUAUUCUACCAGAGAUUUGGUUGCUUUGGUUUGCUCUCGCCUGGGGCACACAGGAUCUUUUGCGUUAUUGCUCCCAGGUUUGCUUGGAGAUAUGUCAGCAUCUGCGCAUCGAUCUGUUUAGGAUACCCUAUAGCCCAAAGGGCUCGAUCACAACUUCGGUGGGCAGUCAGAGUAACUUGGGAGCCGAUAAAAAUGGUGGCGCCUCUCACCGGAAGUCGAAGAGCAAAGCGCACUAGACCGGAUGUGGCGCAGCGGUUUCAUUUAAUUUAACUAGUUUCCUUUUACAAAUGUUUACGGCGUUAGCGCAAGCUUAAACAAAUUUUUAAACUCAACCCAACAAAAUUUACCGUCUAAAUGUUAAAGAGUAAACAAAUUAUAGCAUAAUUAAUUUACAAAUGUUGUUAUAACCAAAAGAAAACUGAGAACUGGAGGCAUACCGAUAUCAAUUAUAUGCUAAUAUAUUAUAUAUAUACAUAUAUUUUAUAUAAUUGUGUAAAUUGUAAACAUACAAUAAUGUAGUCUGCAGUAUUUUUUACUGCGCUAAAUGUAAUUUAGUGCAAAACAGAAAACACGAAACGAAUCAUAAGAAAACAUUAACAAAUGCCAAAAAAAAGAAAAAACGAAAGAAAGAGGGAAAGAAUACAAAAAAACCCCACUUCAAUUUUUUGGUGUGCAAACAGCUCAAUUUACGGUUAAGUCUAAGCAAAUACAACUAGCUGAACUUUAGUCAGAGUGUUUUGUUCAAGUCUAGGGAGAUGAACAACAUAAACUAAUAAAUAUAUUGGGUUACUCUCUGUUUCAUUAUUUAGUUUUUAUUGAGCGUUCGCCUAAAUCGAAAUGAUCUAUUUAUGUCAUUUAAAUAUAACUUUUAUAUAUUUCACUGAGAGAAAUAUUCAUGCUAAUUGAAAAUAAUAUGGAAUGUAUAUGCAAUAAAGUUACAUAUGUAUAUCUGAGUAGUAUGUAUGUACCUAUGGACAUUCUAAAUGGUAGACUCAUUUCAAAAAGCACAUUUAAAUUAUUGUUUAACAAUCGAUUUGGAUUUAAGCAUACAUAUAAAAAUUAAAAUUGCUACUUUCUGAAGACAUCCAUCUGUUGAAUGUUGAGCCUAUGUUCUAAAUGAUAAACACAAAGCAUAAAAUUCUAUAAUAAAACGUAUAAA